AUGACCUUAGAUUUAGUAACAUAUAUAAUUUACCAAGUUGCAUUGGUUGGUGUUUACUUGGUGACUGCUGCUUGUUUGAUUGAUAGAAUUAGACGAGAAGUCAGACCCCCAAAUACAAAACAAGACAUAGAGUUUGUACCACUUGGUUCAAUCAUUAACAGCGAGGUUGAUGAGGAGAUUGAAGAUGGCCAUAGACACGCUCCCCAAUUACCUCUCCAACCCAGAGUCAAUAGAGGAGCACUGUGGGUAUUGGUAAUGCAACUAGUAUCCCUUUUGUUUAGAUUGGCAUCACAUCUCUACCUCAUCCCAUCACAAUUAAAAGGAGAGAUAUUGGUGCAAGGUGGGAAUCUAACCUACUCGAUACUAUUGGUGUGUGGCACACUGCCAAUAUUCAUGUAUUGGGGUGCCAAGUUGGCAGUAUGGUCAGCAUUUGCAGCUGCAUCGGUCAUUGUCAACGACCCGGUUGCAUGGCUCCAAAGAAAAGGUCAGUUUACUACCUUUUUAGUAUUGAUGGUUGCCGUUGUACCAAUGUGCUCGUGGCUCCAAUUAAAUGCACUCUAUGUGUUUGGUAUCAUGACUAUUGUCAUCCAUCACUGCUUUUCAAUGGCCAUGAAAAGAUUGCCUAGUCGAAUAGCCCACCAAGAAGAUGCCGAUCAGAUGAUCCUAGAAGAUGCAAGUAUCGAUAUCACCGUCAUCCAACUAUGUGUAGUAGCAUCGUACAUCCGAAGCAACACCUUUCCUCUUCCACGAACCGUCUACGAACAAAUGACAAACACGACCAUUCGAUUUGUUAUUGAAAUGUUUCAACUAUACUAUAAGACAGAGAGAGAGAUGAAUCCAAGUGUUGAUCAAAUACAGUGCCCGGGCUGUGCAUUGGCGUUUGAGGUUAAUGUGUUUGGUGACCAUUUCAAUGCUUGCUUUAAAGAGGAUGAGGUAAUGACCACCACUACCACCUCGCAUAUUCCGAAAGAGACGGUCACUCCCAUGUCUUAUUCUGCGUCACGACACAUAGAUGUUGAUGAUGACGACGAAGAAGGCGAUUCUAUUAUGUAUGAACAACAAAGAGACAAUCAAUCGACAUCAACUACCAAUACUACAACUGCUGCAGCUGCAGCUACACUAUCAUCACCUUUUCAAAUGUUACAUCGUACUAAUCAAAGUAAUAACCCUAACCAUUUAACAAAUUAUACUAGUGCAAAUAAUACUACAUCGUCAUCAUCGACAACAUCCACGUCUACUUCGGCAUCAUCUACUCCACCAAACAACAAUCAAGGAUUUUUUGGGCAAUAUAUUAGAGGUAUCGGAGAGAAUGUAAUGAAUCCAAAGAAGCUAUUAGAGGAUUUAUUUAAACAAGAUUUAUUAAAUAUUCAUAGUUCCAACAACAACAACAUUAACACUAACAAUACUACUACUAAUAACAGUAGUAAUGGAAUAAGUACUAGUAAUAAUUCAACACCAACUCAAACAACAAAAAAUAGUUUAGAAUCAUCAUUUGUUAAUAAUAAUAAUAAUAAUAAUAACAAUAAUGGUAGUGGUAAUAAUCCAUUUAAUAAUAAUAAUAUUAAUGGUAUUCCACCAUUCAAUCCUUUUUCAACUUCAACUACAUCAACUACUUCAACUUCUUCUACAAAUAAUGGAAACCCAUUUAAUCAAGAAAUGAAUGCAAGUAAUCAUAGUUUUUAUGAUUUGGAAGAUCAUCAUAAUUAUUAUAUCGAGGAGGAUGAAGAAUUCAAAUCAUUACAAUUUGCACGUAAACUAAUUGAAGAUGAACGACGUGCUCAAUUGGUUGAAGAAGAGGAAAACAAUAGACGAUUGGUACUUGAAUUGUUGGAAAAUGAAAGAGAGGAACAUGAAAAAUCAAGACAACAACAACAAACCAACAAUGAUCUAGAAACAAAAUGUGUCAAAUGUCAAAAACAAUUGGCUGUUGAAAGUUUAAUAUUUUUAGAUCAAUGCGGACAUAUUUAUUGUAAAGAAUGUUUACAUCAAUCAAUUAUGAAAAAGAUUGAAAUGAAAAAGGUUUCAAUGAUCAAAUGCAAGAGUUGCAAGGCAUCAUUAUCAAGUCCAGAUAUUAAACAAGUGUUGAGUGAUCAAGAAUAUGCCAAAUAUGAUAGUGCAUCAUUGGAUGAGGUCAUUUCAACAAACAAAGAUUCCUUUUUCAAAUGUCCAAAUUGUAGUGUUUUAAUGGAAAAGUUACAACAUAAUCAAAAUACGCCACAAGACAAUAAUGCAAAAGAAUAUGAUCAAAAUGGAAAUGAAUUAAGUAGACAAGCAAUUGAACAUAAGAAAUUAUAUAGAUUUAGAUGUUUACAAUGUACAACUGUAUUUUGUUCAGAGUGUUUUGAAAAACCAUAUCAUCUUGGGUAUACAUGUGACCAAUUUAAAAAUUAUUCUACCUCUAAACAUUGUAGAUAUUGUCUACAGUCUUUGAAACCAAGUAAUUGUUCUACACUCUCUAAUCAAUGUUGUAAUCAACCAGAAUGCAUGCAAAAGUACAUGCUAUCAUGUAAAAAGAAGUUGGCAUGUGGUCAUAAUUGCUGUGGUAUCUCUGGUGAAACUAAAUGUCCACCAUGUCUAGUUGAUGAUUGUCCAUAUGCAAAUCAAACUCAAAAAUCAUCAGAUUAUUGUAAUAUUUGUUGGGUUGAAGAAUUGGGUAGUAGUCCAUGUAUUCAAUUAGAGUGUGGACAUAUUGUACAUUUGGAAUGUUGCAAGAAAAAGUUGGCAGGUAAAUGGAAUAGUUCAAGAAUAUCAUUUGGUUUUAUGAAGUGUGCAAUUUGUCCGAAAUACAUUAAACAUCCAGCUCUGAAAAAGGAACUGACCGAAAUAAUGGAUCUAUACAAUGUCAUCAAGGAAAAGGGUCUACAAAGACUAAAAUCACAAGGUCCUGAAAAAGGUGUCAACUUGAAAGAUCCAAGUUGUAGGUGGUACAAUGAUGAAGAGGGUUAUGUUAUGGAUAGACUAUCAUUUUUCCCUUGUUUUAAAUGCAAAAAACCAUAUUUUGGAGGAGAGAAAGCAUGUGGAGAGAAUAAUGUAGAUUUUAAACCAGAGGAAUUAUUAUGUGGUGGAUGUAGUUGUGAUGGUGCUGAUAAUUGCAAAACUCAUGGAAAAGAAUAUAUUGAAUAUAAAUGUAAAUUUUGUUGUAACAUGUCAGUAUUCUUUUGUUGGGGUAAAACACAUUUCUGUAAUAGUUGUCAUUCGCAAAGUACAACCAUUGUCAAGACACCAAAGGAUCAAUUGCCAAAAUGCAGUUGUGGAGUUCCCCAUCCACCAAAUGGUGAAGAACAUUCAUUUGGUUGUAGUUUAUGUAGAAUCAAUCAUACAUAA